UGUUAAUGUUUGGUGGCCCCCCAACGAAGUCACUCAUUUAUAUUACAAGUGAUUCGUGUUUGGUCUAUCAUUACGUUCACACUGUUGCUUGUUGUGUUAUAUUUAUUUUUUUAUUUUUUAAUAUUACUGUCACUUUAAAUCAGUUUGAUUACAGGUGUUGUUCAUAUCUUUUUUUUUUUUUUUUUUUUUAAUAACAACACGCAAAUAUUAAUUAUAUUUUUUUCUAUUUGUGCUUUUUUUUUGUAUCAAUUUUUUUUUUUUUUUGCAAGUCUAUUGGAGAGUUUCUACGAUUGAAGAAAUUUUUUUUUUUUUUUGUAUUAUAAUUAUUACGUGUUAUAAUAAUCAACCAAGUGUCAAUUGGCUGGUGGUAUGACCACUUGAUAUUAAUACCUUGCAUUUGAUGCUCAAAAUGAAAAGGAAUCAUAACAUGUUCAGCAUGGUUCAAGCAAUUACCGUACUGACUAUUUUAAAAAUGCUCGCAAAUGCUCAAACACAGUGCAAUGGGGGACUUGGUAGACUAGUUUAUGAAAGAUUACCGGAUCAUCAACUUCAAGGUUUUGAUGAUGAAAUGAUACAUGAUUCAUCACCACCUUUUCGAGUAUUGGAAAAAUGUCAAGAUCUUUGUCUUCGUGAUAGAACAUCAACAAAUUUACCAAGAACAUGUACGAGUUUUGAUUUUCAACCUGGUGCAAGAUUAUCAUCAUUCAGUAGUACAGCUGAGUAUGAAGAGAGUAGAUGUUAUUUAACACGUGAACAAGCACAACCUGAAGGUAUUGGAAACUUGAUGCUUGUUCCAAAUAGCAUUCAUUUUGUUGAAAUAUGUCUGACUUCUAAUAGAAUUGAAAGAGAUUGUCCAAAUCGUCGUUAUAUAUUUGAACGACAUCCAAGAAAAAAACUAAAACUUCCAGCAACUGAUGUCAAAGAAUUUACAGUUGCAAAUAGAACAGCUUGUGAGGAUAAAUGUUUGAAUGAAUUUAGCUUUGUUUGUCGCUCAGCAACUUAUGAUGUAUCAAUGAGAAGUUGUUUAUUGAGUCGUUUUACAAGACGUACACAUCCAGAGCUACUUGAGGAUGAUGCUAAUUCAGAUUAUCUAGAAAAUACAUGUUUAAAUGCUGAAAGUCGAUGUGAUGGCUUGGCAGUAUUUGUAAAAGAAGAAAAUAAAAAAUUACGUGGACCAUUUGAAGUUGAUAUUUAUACAAAUUUAACACUUGAUGAAUGUCAGUCACUUUGUUUGAGAGCUGAAAAAUACAUGUGCAGAAGUGUUGAAUUUGAUGAUCAAACAAAACAGUGUGUUAUAUCUGAAGAAGAUUCUGUAUCACAAAAAGAUGACAUUGGAAUAAGCAGUAGUCCAACUUAUCAUUUUUAUGAUCUUGUUUGUUUGGACAAUCCAAGAGGAUCAGAGUAUCCUGAUAAUAGUGUUGCAUCACAUCAUUAUCCAGAUGGAAGAAGACCGGAUACAGCAUUUCAAAGAUAUAGAAAUUCUCGUCUAAGUGGUGAUCCACAUUCUGAAAUAACAGGAAGAAGUCUAAGCGAGUGUCUGGAAGAUUGCCUCAGACAAACAAGUUUUCAAUGUAGAAGUGCUGUUUACUCUGAGCACAAUAGAAUAUGUCGUUUGAGUAGUUUUAAUCAACGUGAUGGACACAGAAUUAUUUAUGAUGCUGACUAUGAUUAUUACGAAAAUUUAAUGCAUCAAUAUAUGGAAGGUGAUAGAGAUAAUCCAAGCUACAAACCAGAUCCAGUUGGUCAAGAUACAAAUUAUGGACGUCCUUUUCUUGGACGACCUGGCUAUUCUCCAGAUGAUUAUGAUAAAGGUUUUGGAGGUGGGCAUGGUGAUCGUUAUCCAGAUAAUUAUUCUCCUUCAUCAGACAGAUAUCCAAAUGCAAAAUAUCCAAGUCAAUAUCCAGCUGAUGAUCGUUAUCCUGAACGUUAUCCAGAAAGAUAUCCUGAACGUUAUCCAACUGGUGCUGAUAGAUAUCCAUACACAGGAGGAGGAGGAGGUGAAAGAUAUCCACUUGGGGGUGAUCGUUAUCCUGGUGGUACACGUGGUGAUAGAUACCCAGUUAAUGGUGAUAAUUAUCCAACAAUGGGUGGACAUGGGUAUCAAAGAUAUCCACCAACAAGAGAUCAAUGGACCCAAUCACCAUCAUCACUAUCACCUGGUGGUAGAUAUCCUUCGUCAGCAAUACCUGAUCGUUAUCCAUCACGUGAUGAACCAUAUCCAGGACGUUAUCCACUUGUUGAUGAUCCAGUUGGACGUUAUCCACCAAGUCCUGGUGCAACUGGUGGAAGAAUACCUCCUGGAAGAUAUCCAAUUGGUGAUAGAUAUCCAGACAAAGAUGUCUAUCCAACACGUGACAGAUAUCCAAGUCCAGGAGGUAAUGCAUUAUAUCCAGGUGGUUAUGAUGAUGAUGUAAGAGGAACAAAAGGUUAUGCAGAUCGUCCAUUUUAUGGUGCUGCUGGUGUACCACCACCACCAGCAUCAAUUCCAGCAUUACCAGUACGUCCAAUUGGUGGAACAAUUAAUGGUCCUGGUCCUAAUCCUAGUUUUGGAGGAGGAUAUGAAAAUGGAGUUGGUAGUAUGGAUGGUUUUAUUGGUGAGGGUGAUCCAUAUAAUAAUCGUCCAGUUGGUGGAGUUGCAGCAGUUGGUGGUGUUGGUGGUGUUGGUGCUACUGGCGGUGGUCCAAUUAUUGGUAGACCACCUUUACUAUCACGUUGUGAUGAACAAGAAAAUUUUCGUCAAGUUGGUCAAAGAACACGUGUUCGUAAACCAUUUGUAAGAAGAUAUACAACUUCAACAAAUUUAGCUGAAUGUGAACGUGAAUGUGCUGAUGCUAGAGAUUUUGUUUGUCGUUCAUUUAAUUAUCGUUCUUAUGCUGCACCAUAUGGUGCUGAACGUGAUAAUUGUGAAUUGAGUGAUCGAGAUUCAAGAGAUAUGGCUAUGGGUAAUUCAAUCUAUUAUGAUACAUCAUCGGAUUAUGAUUUCUAUGAGAGAAAUAAUGGAAGACAGGGUGUUGAUGGUGAAUGUCUUGAUGUUAGUCAAGUUUGCAGUGAAGAUGGCAUGGAAUUUACAUUGAGAACUCCAGAUGGAUUUAUUGGUAGAAUUUAUACAUACGGAUAUUAUGAUAGAUGUUUUUUCCGAGGCAAUGGAGGUACUGUUAAUGUUCUUCGUAUCAGUGGAGCUCAAGGAUAUCCCGAGUGUGGAACACAAAGAUAUGGUGAUACAAUGACAAAUAUUGUUGUUGUACAAUUUUCUGAUUAUGUACAAACUGGAAGAGAUAAACGUUUCAAUUUAACAUGUUUAUUCCGUGGUCCUGGUGAGGCAGUUGUAACAUCUGGCUACAUCGGAGCCGGUAGAUCAGGCUCACCAAUUCCAAUUGAAUAUCUUCCAGCUGAAAAUACACUAAGUUCAAAAGUUCGCCUGUCAAUUUUAUAUCAAGGAAGACCAACAACGACAAUUGCUGUUGGUGAUCCAUUGACAUUUAGACUUGAAUCACAAGAUGGCUACAAUUAUGUGACAGAUAUAUUUGCAACAAAUGUCAUUGCAAGAGAUCCAUAUUCUGGAAGAAGUGUACAAUUAAUUGACAGAUAUGGCUGUCCAGUUGAUAAUUAUGUUUUUCCUGGUCUUGAUCGUCUUCGUGAUGGUGACAGUCUUGAGGCACGUUUUAAUGCUUUUAAAAUACCUGAAUCAAAUUUUUUGGUAUUUGAAGCAACAGUUAGAUCAUGUAGAGAUGGUUGCCAGCCAGCUUAUUGUUCUGGUAGUGCUGGUAGAAGUGAGCCAUCAUUUGGAAAACGAAGAAGAAGAUCAUUAAAUGAUACUAUUUUGUUGACAUCAAGUUUAGAUGUUGAAAAAAAUAAUACUCAAGAGAUAGAUGAUGCAAUUAAUAAUAAAGAUGAUGAAGAUAAUAAAGAAGAAGAAGAAGAAGAAGAACAUGUUCGUGAAAUGUUUGAAGUGUUGGAUUCAAGAUAUGACAUGUAUGAUGAUAAUGCUGUACAAAAACAAGUUGCAGCUGUUGAAUCAAUUUGCAUAACACCAAAUGAAUAUUAUGGAUUAGUCAGUGCAGUCAUUGGACUUGUUAUUUUAUUAGCUUGUGUUAUAUUAUUAACACUUUUUGUAUACAGAAUAUAUGGCUACUCUGUUAUUCGUAAAAAUCAUCGUGUUGAUAAAAUAAUUAAUCAUCAAUCUAAUGAUGAAUCAUGCAGUACACAUAUUAAUAAUUUUUCGUUCAUGAGAUCUGGACUUCAAAAACCAUUUCAAACAACAUCAUUGAGUCAGCUGUUUAAUCAUCAAUUGUCAUCAUCAACAUCAUCCUCUUCGGCAAUGGAAGGAGCUGUUGGUCUUACAGCCAACAGAAGAAAUACUUUUGAUCCAAGUGAACCAAUUUAUACUGAUCCUUCACUUUUCGAAACAUCAAAUGAAUCAUUACGUCAUUCGAAAUCAUCACGUAAUGAUAAUUUACAUUUAAUAUGAUAGUUUUAGUUUCAUAGAUAAUAAUAUUCAUUUUGUUAUGAAAAAUUUAUUAUAUGGUUUAUGAUUUAUCAAUGUGUGUGUGUGGUGACACGAGCCAUAACACUGUUAGAUAAUUUUUUUUUUUUUUUUAUCAAUAAAAUACAUUUUUAAUAAUUAAAUAAAUAACAAUUAUAAUUAUAUUAAUAUAAUAAUUAUUAUACAAAUUAUAUAAAGCUUAUGAUUUUAUAAAAUAGUAAAAUAUAUUUAAUCUAAUUUAUUGAAAAUUAA